AUGGAAUUCAUAAAAUGUGCAUGUGAUGGAGAGAAAGAUGGGUGUGAAUCGUGUAUUUCUUGGACCGGUUUACCAGCCAAGAGGGUACCCCAGCCUGUUCCAGAUCCGGAGAGAGCAUGUCAUUAUUUGCCUGUUGCCGAUACACCAUUAUGCACAGAGAAUGAUACACCAAGACCUGUUGAUGAUUGGCAACCCAGAGCAAACAUAACAAAAUUGUUUCAGGAUGGCGAGAUUUCUUUGCAACAACAAGAUGAGAUCACAACAUUUUCUGAAACAUUCUAUGUCAUAAGGGAAUAUGUUGUUGCUUCCAUAGAACAUUUAACAAAUCUACAGUCAACAAAGCAAAUUCGAUCAAGAGGAAGAGCAGAAGAACAACGUCACAGAAAAGAAAGAAAGUACGAUGAGUAUGACUGGAUCAACUUGGUUCUACAAGGAGAACUUAGCAAAUUGACCAUUCCGGAAUUGGAUAAGUACAUUACUGAAAACAAGUUGAACAAAAAAGGGAAGAAAAAAGAUAAGUUGGAUGCAAUUACAGCAGAUGUCUUACGAAAACACCAAGGAAGACCAAUUGAAGAUGUUUUGGAGCCGCAGCACAGAGACCAGGCAAGCAGUGAAAGUGACAGUGAUCAAGAUAUUGUAUUGGAGGAGUUUGGAUCAGAAAGUGAUCCUGAAAGUGAGACUGAAGAUGAACCUGAAAAUGAACAGAUACAAACUGUUGAUCCAGUUCCCCUUGUUGUUCAAACACGUUAUGGACGAUAUGCUGGAAAUUGGGCUUUGUCAGAAUUACAUUAA